AGCAGUGGCAGGUAAUGGAGGAUCUGGGCAAGGAGGGAAGAAAAGCAGUAAAUCACAGAAAAAUUCAAAGCCUCAAGCUCAGCCCUAUUCCAAGGCUCAGCCGAAACUCCAGCCCCAACCCCAACCUUUUGAACCAAUAGUGCCUGAAGGACUGGAUCCAGAAGAGUUAAGGAAACUGAAGAAAAGACAGAAGAAAGAGAGGCAGAGGUUGAAAAGGCAGCAAGAGCAGAUGCAAGAACAGGAAAAGGGUCAAUUACAGCAACUGGAGAUACAGAAGCAGCAAGAGUUUCUAAGGCAGCAGCAAGAGCAAAUUCACCAGCAGCAGCUAGCCCUGCAGCGGCAACAGGAGCAACUCAUCAAGCAGCAGCAACAACAGCAACAGCAAACACAAAACAGUAAUUCAAAGAAAAAUAAAAAGAAAAACAAAGGAGGGAAAAAUGUAACUAAUAGCAAUAAUAAUAAUAAUAAGAAUAGUGGAAACAAAGGUAAUAGUAAUGGAGUGUCUGCUUUGGUGUAUGAUGGAGACAAUAUGGCUCAGUCAUUUAACCUGCCUCCAGGAGUAACCAUAAAUAAGGUAGCUGGACAGCCAGGAAUGGUUACAAUAUCCAAUAAUAUGGGAGGUGCCUUUUCACAACCUUUCUUACCAAAUCCAAACAUUUAUCCUAGUGCAGUUGUCCAGGGCUUCCCAAUGUCUGUAGCAAAAAAUUCACAGUUACCUAAUUCCUACAACAGUGCCCAUACUCCAAGUCUCAGUUGGAAUAGUGCUAUAGAUAAAGCUGGUAGUUACCCAGAUAAGGAUAAUGUAAUUGUAGUGGAUACAAACAAUAGCUUCUUAGGAGCAAAUUCAUCACCUAACAGUAAGACUGCAGAUCCAGAGGUGUCUUCUGAAGAAAAAAUUAUGAUGGCUAUCAAAGGCUUAAUUGAGCCGAGUUCUCUCACUGCAUCGCAAAGGAAGAAAUAUAAAAAGAUGAAGAAGGCAAUACAGGAGGAGGAAGAAGAAGAGAGGCAGAAGCAAAAAGAGGAGGAUGAUCUUAUGGACCAGAUGUAUAAUUUGGCUAGCGGGAAUUGGACCAGGAUCAACGAAGAUAAAGCAAACCAUUCACAGGGGAAGAACCAAAGUAAAAAGAGUCAGAAGCAAAAAGAAAACAACAAGAAGCAAGCUUCUCAGACUUCUAACAAUAAACAGAAUGCACAGCAGACUGCAAAGAAUAAUAAACAACAAAUAGCACAGGAGAGCCAUCAGCAAAAACAGAAGCAAAACAGCAAAAAUAAUACUAAACAAAGCAGCAAAGAUAACACCUUGCAGAAUAUAACCAAUCAGCCAAAAAAAGAAUCUGUAUCCAGUGCCAGAGAGAAGGGCAAACAGCAGUCACAUCAUCAAGAGGAGAACAGACAAUCUGGUCAGCAGAAACAGGGGCAGAAGAAAGUGACAGAAAGCCAACAAAAGAAGACCCAGCAGCAGAAACAAGCUCAACAGCAGAAGCAGGACAAGCAAACACACCAUCAACAAAACCAAUCACAGCAUCAGAAGCAGCAACAAAAACAUGAUCAAAAGCAUCACCAGCAACAAAAGAGUAAACAAGAAAAGCAUGGCAUGUUAAACAACCAAAAGGUAGACCCAAACAGCAUUGGAAAUUACCCCAACAGGAUUGGGUAUGACCCCCAAGACAUUGCACAUGAAGCCCGCUAUGCUCAGUACUUAGCCGCCAAUGCCAAUACUCUAGCUAAAAUGAAUUAUAGUACUUACAAUGGCAGCAUUACUGGGGAACAGGGCCAGGAUCAGUAUUUGAUAACAGAAGAAGAAAAGCUCAUCACCAAAAAGAAGAUGAAAAAGAAAGGCAAGAAAGGCCAUCUUGAAGAUAUGACCAUUGAUAGUGUGUUCACCCCAAAGGAUGUUGCUGAGGGAGAAUUAGAUGAAACAGAAAGGGAUGUAGAGGCCUUCAAACGUUUUUGCUUUAAUAAUGUUCCUCGUCACUCUGGAGAAAAACCCAAAGUGAAUUUUAAUGUUAAAGACAUUAUGAUCAAGAAGAGGCCCUGCAAUGGCAACCUUUAAUAUAUGUCAGUCUUUUAGAUACAGUUGUAGUUUUGAAACCAUUAUGAUGAAGUGAAUAUACUUGGUAAAUGUAAAUAGGAGGAUACCAAAAUGAAGUUUGUUCUGAAUUCAGCAGUUCCUUGUGCAAAAUGUAUUUAUUAGUUGUAUAAGUCUGGCAUAUACCACUGACCAGACUUAAUUUCUUUUAAUUAUAUUGCGAAAAAAAUCUUGUGAUGCAAGACAUGUACUUUAGGCAUCAUGAGCAUUGGUACUUGAUUUGAAAGACACCAGUGAUAAUUAAAAAGUAAAUUUCAUUUGUUCUCA